AUCCACGAUUUUGGAAAAUAAUAUAAAUCCACUAUCACUGGAUAAUAAUACAAAUACACCAUUAUUGGAUAAUAAUCAAAUAUCAUAUUCACCAUUAUUUUAUACGGGUCAACCGGCUUAUAAUAUAGAUCUGAAUCAGUUAUAUCCACUACAUUAUAUGGAUUCAUUGAUUAAUAUAGAUCCAAAAUCAUUUGAUAAUAAUCCAAUAUCAUAUUCACAACAAUCUGGACUAAGUUCACAAUUACAGAAUUACCAUACAUAUCUAAUAACUUCACGACCGCAACCUGAUCGUCGCCAACGGAAAAAAGCCAAAGGAAUGAAACCUUAUGUAAAGCGCAAUCAUUCUCUUAAUGCAUGCGUUCCGUGCCGCGCAUCACGUCUAAGAUGUGAAAAGAAAGAGGGCUCUGAUGUUUGUGAUAGGUGUAUUGAUGAAAAAAGAAAGCAAUAUUGUAUAUUCAAUAAAUCUUCCAAAAAGAGAGGUCGUAAAAGAGGGUCGAAAAAUAGACCUAAGAAAAAUGAAAAUGAAAAAUGUGAUAUCAACGCUGCUGAUAACACUGUCGAUGAUACUAAACCAUGUUGCCAAAGUAACAAUAAAGUAAUAGCUGAUUGUCAUAAUUUACGUGAAG